CCGGAAUAUUUUAAAAAGCUUCUUUUUCUCACAGGGGAUUGACUGAUAUAAUAGUCGAAGAUUUGGGUUACUCUAUUGCCCAAACUGGGAGACUUGCAUGUAUUAAAUAUCUCUUUUUCACCACUGACUAGGUGAUUUCCACCUAUUGAGGACAACGGAACGGCCGUAAUAAUUUUGGAUUGCACGUAAAUAAUAAUCACUUCAAACGCGGUUCGGAUUUCGAUGACCGGACGUACAUGAGGCCAAUCGUUAAGUGUGUAGAACUGUUCGAUCGGAAGAACAGUGGGAGUGUGGGAAUGACGGAAUGACUGGUUGUGGGGAAUACAGUUUUAACAUUCAAUUUGGAUGGUAGCUUUGUGCAAGAUUGGUUUUGUUGUGUAUAUUCUACUAGUACAUGUACUCAGUACUGGAGUAGUACUUCCGUGCAAUAAGGUGGCUUUUUCUCUGCUGCAAGUGCAACCGGCGUCUGGAGUCUGGAGACCGCUUGGUGGGCUUGGAAAAAGCACCUGCCCACUGCCCACCACACACGCCACCCCAAAAUACCACGGCAACAACAAUCAAGCUAGCUUGAGAAACACGCCGCAGCUUUCUGGGCAUUAAAACACCAAACACCAACAAGAAACCCACACGACGUGUUAUUCGAAAGCAUCAUGAGUAGUAAUAAUGGUGCCGACGAGGGUGGAGGGAGGAAGCGAAGUCGCGAAGACGAAGAGAAUGGUCGAGAGGAGAGCAAGGCGCGCACUGAUCAAGGUGGGUCUCUAGAAGGGCGACCAGUUCACGCCUUUCAACAACUUCUGAUGUUGCAGAAUGGCCAAGAUGGCGCUAGCACUGUAAGUACACCCCAAGCUUUCGCGGCGCAUCAGUCGAACCAGCAAGGGUUCAGCAUUAACCCAUCCAUGAAUCCCCUGGAAAAUCCGAAUCUUCUUCUUGCUCAGAUGGGAAUUGGAAGAACAGCAGGAACCUGUGGCAACACGGGGGCAAAUACCGCCUCUCUGCUAGGUCUAGGUGCCGGGAGUUUGCCAGCUUCUCUCCAGCAGCAGCAGCAGCAACAACAACAGUCCGGCGGCGUGGCUACGCUUGCAGGUAACUAUGCUGCCUUCAACGCUUCAGGUAAUGCAGGUAACCUCCAGCAGCAGCAGCAGCCACCAGUUCCUGCUGCGGGCAAUCAGGCACAGGUAGCCAACUCUAAUCAAAACCAAGAACAACAAGGACAUCAGUUGGUCACAACUGGGCAAAUGCAGCAGCUAUCUGGAAACACCCAGCAAUCAAGUGCUUCUCUACAGUUGCAGCUAUUGGAGCAGCUUCAGCAGCAGCAGCAACAACAGCAGCAGCAGCAACAACAACCGGCUAGCAACCCCCAGCCUGCUCAGCAGCAAAUUGGUUUGCAGCAGCUUCAGCAAAACCCUGCCGCCAGUCUUCAGCUGCUGCAGCAGAAUGGCUUGCAACAGCUUCAGCCACAGCUGCAGCAGAAUCCCUCGACUAGCCUACAGCAGCUGCAGUUGCAGCAGCAGGCCACCACCAUUCAGCAGCUCCAAGCCGCGGGUCUGUUGCAGCAAACUGCCCCCGCCUUUCCAUUCCAGGCACUUCAAGGACUACAGCCAGACAAUAUCAUGCUGGCGAACCUCCUCAUGGGUCAAAUGCAGGGAACCUUGCUGCCAGGAGCCGCGGGUCUCGCCUUACAGCAGCAGCAGCAAGCUGGUGGUGCCAGGCCAGAUCCGCCCUCUGGAAUGGCGGCGUUGGCAGCCAUGCAGCAGCAAGUCAACUUUGCCAAUAACAACGCUGCUGCCUUGCAUCGGAAUCUGAUCCAAGCCCCCUCUACCAGCAACGCAGUGGCACGACGUCCCGCGCCCCGAAAAAACCCGCCUCAGUCGCAUCACGUGGACAACUCGACCACCAAGUCGGUGCUGUUGUAUGUGGCGUCCGAUGAAGAUUGCAUCUCGCCCUAUCAGUGCUUUGCGCGCCAGCAGAUUGAACUCUUUGAAGCGCAAGAAGUCGAUGUCCAGACGGGUGCCCAAGGUCGAAACAAGCCCGUGAGAUUGGGACAGGUGGGCAUUCGUUGCAUCCACUGUUCCGAUUUGCAUCCCAAGUUGCGAACUCGGGCGGCUGUGUAUUACCCGUCGAGGCUUACGGUCCUCUACCAGGCAGCUCAGAACAUUGUAAAUAUCCACCUGCCCGAGUUGUGCGAGUCUAUUCCCGAGGGGAUCCGCACCAAACUUGUCGGUCUUGACAACAAGCGAUCGUCUGUUGGGGGCGGGAAGAACUACUGGAGUGAUACGGCUCAGAUCCAGGGUAUCAUUGAUACGGAAAAUGGACUCCGCUUCAAGGACGGCGUUGGAAAUGCGGACGGUGCUGCUAGCGCCAAGCAGGAGAAUUAGACCUUCAAGAUGAAAGGACUCAAGACAGGCAAGAGAAUUUUCAGACGGUCCUCGAGAGAGACGGCUACAGGUGUAGCCAUUGAUGAAUGCAUGCAAUUGCGAGCGUGUUGGCUUCCUCCUCAGAACAGAGACUGACCUUCCUCAACGAGGGAUGUAUGGAUUGCAGGCACAGAAUAUGCAUCACUCCAGUCGAGGGGAUCAGUUUCAAACUUGCAUAUAUGCAUAAGUUUAUAUAGUUAAGCAUUGAAAUAAGUCAAGGAGCUUGUCGUUGCCGCUGCAUGUACUAGUUGGUACCCUAUGGGAUAGGUAUUUAAAAUAGCU